AUGGCAGAGAUACUAAGGGCGGAAGCAGCAACAUGGCCUGAGAGCUACACAAGACUCCUCGCUUUCAACCAGUCGGAAUAUCAGCGAGUCCUUCACCUUGACUCCGACUCGACAGUCCUUCAAUCAAUGGACAAGCCCUGCCUUUUGGAGCCGGCAUGCGUAGAAAUGCCCCCAGCCUAUUGGCUUGGCUUCGAAGGCCGUGUUCUUAGCUCCCAGCUACUCCUUUUGGAGCCCUCGGAAUACGAGUUUGAUCGCGUCAUGAGCGCCACAGAGAAUGCUGGAGCCAAUGACUAUGACAUGGACAUCUUGAAUGCACUGUACCAAGUCUCUGCGAUGAUCCUACCCCACAGACGUUACGAUCUCUUGACCGGCGGGUUCAGAGGAGUUGACCACCAGAAGUAUCUAGAGGACUCUCAGCAGCAGUGGGAUCCCUACGCAAUAAUGACAGAGGCUAAAUACAUGCACUUCUCCGACAGGCCUUUGCCGAAGUCGAUCAGAAGAAACCGCCUUGCAGUCCGAUAUCAGCCACCAACCAAAAAAGGAGCUGUCGCGAUCAAGAAAUAUGGGUCGGAGCCUAUACGGAAUUUCGGCGAAGGAGAAAAGAGAUCUGUGACCUUGAUAUAUAAGCUUGAUGUUAAAAUACGAUUUGAGUGUCAAGAGGAGGAGAUGGCUAUGAAGAAUACGUACUUCUGGCUCAUUUCGAAUUUAUCCCAUCCAAAAGGUCACAAGGAAGACCCAGCCGCUCGAAUCGAUCAAUGA